AUGGGUUCCCGUAUUUAUGGUGAAGGCAUGGCUGUAUCAGAGGAGGAAGAAGGGGUUGUUGAUAAAAUUAGAGAUAUUUUGUCCAUUGACAAAACAGGGCAAGUAUUUGUGGUUUUAGGAGGAACCGCGAGAGGAGUGCAGCAACGACAGGGGAACACAAGUCAAGCAUCUACAACAGGAAAGACCACAGGCAUGGUUCAACAGCAGCAACAGGGGAGCACGAGUAGAGCUUCUAUUGCAGGUGAAAGAAAAGAGGUGGGAGUUUCACCCCAGGAAGGAGCUCAGAAGGAUCUAGAUGGGUCAGUGGAAAAGGAGCUUGGGGAGGACAGUAUAGACAGGGAGUCAAAACUGCUGGAGGGUCUACAAAGCAAAAGGGACCAGUAUAUCCAUUUUGUCAGAGGUGUGAGCAGCGACACCCUAGAGAUUGUUCUGCGAUGUCGGGGAGAUGCUAUAUUUGUAGAGAGCCAGCAGCAAUCAGUGACAGUCGAUUGUCCUAUCAAACCUACCCAGUCAGGGACGAGUGCUACUCAUGGGAGGCCAAGAAAUCAGGAAGGGAGGACUCAGGGUCAGGUAUAUCACAUGACCUACGAGGAUGUGGGAGCUGUACUUGAUGUGGUGGCAGGCAUGGAUUGGUUGAGUAAACAUAAGGAACAAGUGGAUUGUUUCACUAAGAAGGUGACAAUCCAAGGAAUAGGUGAUAAAAGAGGAGCUCUAGUAUUGUUUGUAAAGAAGAAGGAUGGCACCUUUUGUUUGUGCAUUGAUUAUCGUCAAUUGAAUAAAAUGAUGGUGAAGAACUGGUACCCACUUCCACGAAUAGAUGACUUGUUUGAUCAGUUGAAGGGUGCUAGGGUGUUCUCUAAGAUAGAUCUGAGAUCUGGAUACCACCAGUUGAGAAUCAAGGAACAAGACAUACAAAAGACUGCAUUCCAAACCCGUUAUGGGCAUUACGAGUUUUUGAUGAUGCCUUUCGGGUUAACCAAUGCUCCGACCAUGUUAAUGGACCUAAUGAAUCGAGUGUUUCGACUUUAUUUGAACCAAUAUGUGGUUACAUUUAUUGAUGAUAUCUUGGUGUAUUCAAACUCUCACUUGAAGCAUGAACAACAUCUAAGGGUUGUGCUACAGACUUUACGGGAGAAUCAAUUAUAUGCAAAGCUGAAUAAGUGUGAGUUUUGCCUUAAGGAAGUGGUAUUUUUAGGCCAUGUAAUAUCCACAGAAGGAAUAUUUAUGGAUCCAAGAAAGGUUGAGGUCGUGUUAAAAUGGGAAAGGCCUACUAAUGUGACAGAAAUCCGGAGUUUGUUGGGUCUUGCAGGAUAUUACCGGAGGUUUAUUGAAGGGUUCUCCACCAUAGCAUCACCUUUAACUAAGCUGACCCACAAGGAAGACAAGGUCUUGGUGGCUCAACAGGCAAAUGGGAAAGUACAAGAGAUCGAGGAGAGAGUAAGCAAGGGUAUAGAGACAUCAUUUCAAAUGUUAUUCGAUGGGCUAAUAGUUAUGGGUAGGCGAAUUUAUUUGCCUGAGGAUAAGAUUUUGAAAGAUAAAGUAUUAAUAGAAGCUUAUGAAUCUCAAUUUGCUACUCAUCCUAGGAGUAUAAAGAUGUAUAGAGAUUUAAAAGAAUACUACUUAUGGCCAAAUAUGGAGGGAAAUAGCAAAAUUUGUGUCAAACUGUGGGAUCUGUCAACAAGUAAAGAUAGAACAUCAGAAACCUGCAGGGGAAUUACAGUCAUUAUCAAUUCCGGAAUGGAAAUGGGAGGAUAUUUCUAUGGAUUUUGUGAUGGGAUUACCCAGGGGAAAGAAGGGGAAUGA